AAGUAUUCUUCGUGCUUUCCUGCAUUUCCCAACUAUUUCAUUACUUUUGUAACACUGUCCGCAAUUGCUCUUUCUACCAAUCCCAUCCUGCACUCACUACACCCACAGGCGCCAUGUCACCACCACGAUUCGAGUCCGACGAUGUCGAUGUCUCGCCCCUGGGCAAGCCAUUGAACUUCGAGUUCAGCGGCAAGACAGCCCCCAAUCGAUUCCUCAAAGGCGCCAUGACAGAGCGCCUGUCGUCGUGGGACGCAAAGACAUUGGAGAACAGAGGUGUUCCCAGCAAGAACUUGGUCAAUGUAUACAAGAGAUGGGGCGAGGGUCAGCUGGGGUUGAUACUUAGCGGGAACAUCAUGUUCGAAUACGAUCAUCUUGAGGCUCGUGGCAAUCCCAUCAUCCCUAGAGGCGCACCAUACGAGGGUGAACGAUUCGAGCGUUUCGCAGCUAUGGCAACAGAGGGAAAGCGUCAUGGCAGCCUUAUGGUUGGACAAAUCUCGCAUCCUGGUCGUCAAGUGUCGGAGGAUAUCCAGCCACAUCCAAUCUCUGCAAGUAAUGUUCAGUUAAAAGGAGACAUCAUGGGCAUGAAAUUCGCGCAGCCAAGGGCCGCUGCCGAGGAGGACAUCAAGAACAUCAUCGAGGGAUUCUCACAUCAAGCCGAGUAUUUGGAAAAGGCGGGCUGGGACGGAGUGCAGUUGCACGGCGCCCAUGGCUAUUUGCUUGCUCAAUUCCUGAGCCCGACCACGAACCAACGCACUGAUCAGUAUGGUGGCUCACUGGAGAACCGUGCUCGCUUGAUCCUCGAGAUCGCCCAAGAAAUCCGCAAACGAACCAAGCCAGACUUUAUCCUCGGCAUCAAGCUCAACUCGGUUGAGUUCCAAGACAAGGGUUUCACUCCAGAAGAAGCGAAGGAGAUCUCCUCAUUGCUUGAGCAGAACAAAUUCGACUUCAUUGAGCUCUCAGGCGGCACUUACGAGAAGCUCGCGUUCAACUCAUCUCACCAGCGCGAGAGCACGAAGAAGAGAGAAAGCUUUUUCCUCGAAUUCGCAGAGCAGAUUGUGCCAGCACUGUCAAAGACUAAGACGUACGUCACGGGAGGUUUCAAGACCGCAGGCGCCAUGGUUCACGCCCUAGAAACUGUCGAUGGUGUCGGGCUUGCGCGUCCUGUUUGCCAGGAACCCCGACUUACCAAGGACAUCCUCGCGGGUAAAGUGAAGGGCGCCAUUCUCCAAAAGAUCGAUCAGGAGAACUUCGGCAUCACAAAUGUUGUGGCUGGCACGCAAAUCCGACAGAUUGGCAAGGACCAGGAGCCGAUUGAUCUCUCAGAUGAUCAGAACGUUGAGGCCUUCCAGAAGGACAUGUCAACUUGGGGCCAGGCUCUUGCUGAGGACAGCGAGAAGGCUAAAUAUGGAUACAUCGAUAUCACCAGCGCGGUGCCUACGCCGUAUGCUGGCGCUUAGACAUUGUCCGCAAUAUGAUAGAAG